CGCUCAUUUAUCUCGCGUCUGAGAUGACGAAGGACGCGCGAUUAACAGUGUUGUGAGGGCUCUGCAUGGAGGGCGACCAGCGUGUUUGACAAGUGAUUAGUGAGCGGCGAUUCUCUCCCAAGUUUUCAGUUAGUGCUACGUAAGCGAAGAAGAAGAGCGUGAGGUCUUUGCGGGUGGCAACGUUACACACAUGAGGCAGGCGUUCGUGAAGCAGGCCGCGGGGAUGCUACAACCGAACUAUUCUCUUUAAUGCUUGAAAGCGACGUAACGGCUAACACAAAGGUCGCUUUGCUACAUAAGAUUUCUCUUGUAAUGUCGCGCGGAACGAAGCCCAUCAACAACGAUGAAAGAAAUUCUAUGAAACCGAAGAUCCAAGAUUAACUGACAUAGUUCGUGUACAUCACAUCGCUUCGGGAGGUUAAUGGGACGCAGCCAGCGAAUGGAGACGCGAUGACACGCUGCCAGCCAAAACCGAGGGCUCCUUGAGCCAGGAUUAGAAGGCUGCCUAAAACCCGAGCGCGCUCCGGUCCUCUCAUCCCAGAUCGAUCAAACCAUGUGAACUCUUCAGAGAGCUUCGAACUUCGCGCACUAGAUUCAGCAUCGCGGUUGCUCCACACGCAAUCCACGCAAAUCCGUGUGGAAAUUGAAAAAACUGCUGCGCUGCGAUUCUCUCUCCCAAAAAAAAAAAAAAAAAAAGAAAAAUACAUGAAAGAAGAACAUUGUGUGAAAAGAAGCAAUUGCCUUUGAUCUCGGAAUAAACAAAGGAUUGUCUGUCGAUGACAGAUUUACUCUCUGUGCGACGAAAGUUUCGAGAAGAAAAGACGUCGCGAAAGACUGUCGCUUUUGCAAACCGUGUCAGUGAAUUGACCGCGCUUGGACCGUGGUGGUUCGGACAAUCGAUAAUACCGGGGUCGUAAAACUUUUCGCGCGCGACACGUAACGUGUCUGAUAAAUAAUUCAAUCGGGAGAGUCACGGGGUGUGAAGCGCAAAAAAGUGACGGAUCAUUCUCGCUAUCUAUGAGAAGGAAAACCUCGAAACGUCUUGCGUGUUUUGCGACGCGGACGUUGUGAUGUGUCGAAAUCGAUAUCGAUCCCAUGUGUUCGAGAUUGAGGAAGAGAACGAGGAUUAAUACGUCGUGAAUUACACCGAACAAGUGUGUGCGGUACGAGAGUGAUAAAAAAAAAUUUAAAAAAAGUGCAAAAUUAUUGACGUUAUUUGGGCAAACAAUUUGGCUGAGGUUCUGAUGACAUCUUGUUCUCUCACUGCGGGAGGAGGGGAUAGCGUCUGAAUAGCGUCGGAUACCGCAAAUAUUUGUCGCGCCACGUAAUCGGCUGAGCUUAACGCGCGUCACAAAGCAUCCUCAUCGUAAUUCAAACUUUGUCACUCGACGUGAAACGGAAAAAAGGAAUCUUCUAUAUUCGCACGCUGAUGUCAGACACAGAGUUCUCGCGUAAAGAUCCGGAAAAUACCGGGUCGCAUAAAUCGUGAUAUACGAGCAAUUAAGAAGUAAAUCGCAAGACCGCGGUAAUUAAGGCGGUAGAGCUAAGGCACGAAGACGCGCAUGCCUCGCGGUAAUUAAUUACUCUUUCGAUGUGAGAGAGUUUAGAAGAGAGUCUCCUCCUCUCUCGGAGAGCUAUUAAAUAGACUUUUGAAGAGUUACGCGUAAGAUCGUGAAUAGAGCCGCAUAGCCGGCAAAUUUUUGCGAUAGUUGUAAUUAUACCGUGAAACAAGCGAGCUUACGUGAGCUUUUGGCGCAGCUGCGAAGAAUCGUCACGCGAUUACACAAGACUGCGUACUAAAAUACGCAAAGAAAUAUACGACAAAAGAAAAUUAUACACGCACACACACGCACGCACACAUACACGCACGCACAGCAAAACUCAAAAGCUAUUUCUCGGUUUUCCGAGAAGUCAGCGUUGUUUCGCUCUCGGCAAUUUCGACAUGCGGGCGAUACCAUGUGCGCUUCGUUAAACUGACAAUAAUCGUCAACCGCGUGUCACAAACUACUCGUACGUGGGAAGAGAGCGAGUGUUCGCAAAUGGGAUUUUGGCGAUGCACCUACGAUGACGUCGUUUCGUGAUUUGAUCGCUCAACCGUCGUUGCAGCGCGUGCAAAGUUUCGCCGAGUAAACCGUCUUUUGCACGAGCGCUAGUAUCGGGCGCGUAUUUCCACAAAGAGAAGGGAUAAAAUUUUGAAAGAGAAGAAUUAAUUUUGGAACUGUUAAAAAAAAAAGAAAAAAAAGAAAAACGGCUAUUUUUUUCCAAGUGCUUAUCUCAUAUAGAGGAUUGUGGGAGGAGGGAGGGGGGAACGAUUGGUUUUGGUCGGAGAGAGCAUGAAGAUCCUUAUCAAAAGCAUUUUCGGACAUUGACAAUCCGUCAAUUCGUUUGAAUAUUCGAUGAACUCAAAUCACGAACGGGAAUAGUGCGUAGGAAGAAACGCUUACCUACUAAAAAAAAUCCGCCACGCGAUAUCGAUUAAUAGUAAUCCCGAAAAAAUAACAUAUAUAUAUAUAUAUAUAUAUUCGGUCAAAAAGUGUGUACGAUUUCGAGACAUCAUCGAGAGAAACCGACGGAUUGCCGCCGCCGAGCAAAUGUCAUGGACUUUAUCGCAGCCGAUAUGUGAUAUCUCGGAACGAGUGGGCGCGCUGUUCGAUAGAGAAUGACGGUGACGUGUACGUCGUUCGUGGAUGUUGUUCAGUGCAAAAUCCGGGAUGCCGCUGUGAGUAACUGUCAAUAAAGACAGAGACGCGACGAGUGCGGCACAACGCGAGAUCAGUUCUGGUCGACGACGUCGUCGUCGUCGCUGUCGUCGUCGUCGUCGUCGUCGUCGUCGUCAUCAUCAUCAUCAGCGGGAAAGAACAGAACCGCCCGACAACGCUUACAGAAACAUCCAGCAUGAAGAAUCAGCAUCGAGGAGGAUGGCUGCGCGCCGUGCUGCCUCUGAUAACGUUCCUCUCGCAUCAAACGGAAUGCGCGGCCAAGAACGGGAGAUCGGUGGUGGAGCACCAUCCGUCGUAUUGGGAGCAACCCUUUAGUCAGCCUUACUUCGACAACACGACAAAGAGGGAGACCACAACUACCGUCGGACAAUCCGCUUACUUGCACUGCAGGGUGCGCAAUCUUGGCGAUCGCGCGGUCUCGUGGAUCAGACAGCGAGAUUUGCAUAUUCUCACGGUCGGCAUUCUCACGUACACGAACGAUCAGCGCUUCCAAUCGUUGCACAGCGAUGGCAGCGACGAGUGGACCCUGAAGAUCAGCUCGCCGCAAGUGCGGGACAGCGGAACGUACGAGUGUCAAGUCUCUACGGAGCCCAAGAUCAGCCAAGCUUUCAACCUGAGCGUCGUGGUCUCGAAGGCAAAGAUCAACGGCAAUUCGGAGCUCUACAUCAAAAGCGGGAGCGACAUCAAUCUGACCUGCAUCGUGCUGCAAACGCCGGAACCACCAUCCUUCAUCUAUUGGUACAAAGGUGACAACGUGAUAAACUACAGCCAACGCGGAGGCAUCAGCGUCGUGACAGAGAAGCAAACACGAACGUCACGUCUUCUGAUUAGCAGAGCACUGCCAGCCGAUUCUGGCAAUUACACUUGUGCACCAUCCACGGCGGAAUCAGCCAGCGUUCUUGUCCACGUGCUCAAUGGGGAGCAUCCGGCGGCCAUGCAGCACGGGAACUCCAGCAACAGCGGCGCGGCCACGCGAACGCUCGCGUUGCUCCUGUUGCUCCUGCACGCCGGUUCCUUCGCGAGGUGACUGGUCGAUCACGAGGCGCUGCAGUAAAGAGAGAGAGUACAGUCUCACCCAGAGGCGAGAUCGGAGCGACGACGACAACAAGGAUGGUGCAACAAGGGAAGAAAGACUUAGAAGGGGAGGUGAUCAGCGGGGGCGAGAAGCACCAUUCGCGCGCUAACCACCACCUGCCGGACUCUAUAAAUCAGCCUCCUCCGAUUCUUCUUUCCGCAUCCGCGAUCGACUCGCGGUCGGAGCGGUAAAGUGCGCGGUGAGAGAGAGGCAAAAGAGACGACUAAUAUGUGUUAGCCGCGAGGCUAACAACAAUCGCGCGCGCAGAGAGAGUUCGCCAACUCCGCUCUCGCUUCCGGCGCACGAACCCUGUCCGUACUGUGUUUCCUUAAGCAACAAACCUCUGUAUCCCGUACGAUCGCGCGUAUUUCUCUCGCCACAUAGUAGGAUUCAUGGUUUGCAGCUCCGUUGGACUUUAUCGAUGCAGCGCGCCGCGAUGACCGACAGCAUUGCGAGUUCGACAACGAGCGAACGAAUGAUUUCUCUUUUACGACGACGAAAUUAGCAUCUUGUUUUUUUAUUUCUCCGGGAUGGCGCCCGUGGCGGACGCGCGAAGAUCUAUCGACGAACGCAGCUGAAUGCGUCGCAGAGAAGAGGUAAGGAACCCAACGUGUUUUCGUGCCCGCGUCGGAUCUCGACCCAGAUACGCUCCAGCAAAACCGUCGUGAAAUUCCACUCAAUUUCUGGUCGUCGGAUGCGGUAUAUCGUUUCUCCCUCAGAAGAGAACAAAUAUUUUGAGGUUUGUCCGACUUAUCCGCGCUCGCGCGAACUUUCAAUCUCUGUGUAUGUGCACAUAUAUAUUUAUUUAUACAUGUAUUGCGUGAUACACAAAUGUCGCCUAAAUCCCCGGAGGAUGCACUUUGGUUUCUGUGUUCUUGACUACAUUCUUUUUGUGUCGAAUCUCCAAUAUCAUUUCUAUUCUCAGACUAUUGCAAGAUUUUAAAACUCAUUGAUCUCUACAUUUUGUCUAGUUUAAUACAAAUAAUAAUUAUUUCUCGUUUUUCUUCAUCAUAAAAACCGGCCAAGAUCGAUAUCUUUUACUCAAAUCUAAACGAUGACGAAGAGGAGAGUAUCAAUAGAAAAGAAAUAGAAUGUAUUACAGAUUAAUUAUAUUAAUGAAUGAAAACUCAAUUCUCUCUCCCAAGCAAUUUCGAAGAUCGUAACUUUCUUCUUCUCUCUAACGCUUUCAGUUGAUCUCUAUGCGAGACUUUCCCGCCGAGUAAAUAUUUCUUCAGACUCGUUCCCGCGCGUCGCGUCUGGUCCACGGACCAGCAAACGGAAUCGGCUACGACAAUAAUCGGUUUUCCUCCCCUCCAUUUCGCCAGGGAACGGAAAAAGCCACUGAAGUAUCUCUGAAUUAUGCGGCCCGGACCGUGCGAAAUUCGUAGCUUGGCAAGGGCGGACGCCCGCAGUUUCGCCUCGGCGUUCCAUUUGCAUCUCAGGACGCGGAAUUUACGAGCCCGGAGGUCGUCGAUCCUCGAUGCGGCCACGAGACCGGUCACCUAUCCGUGUAUGCGUGUAUGAUAGACUCGAUAAGUUAUAUAACUAAGCUCGACGGGUAACGUCGUUCUCGGGAGAGAAAUAUCAGCGCCGGUCGAUGUACACAGGCGGAAAUUGUUAUAAUAUUCUCGAUAUAUGGAACUGCGGUCUCGAUUAUGCUAAAGCGGACGUUUGCGCUUUCAUCUCGCGUUUUAAUUACGGAUAUGAAUUUUUUUCAGAGAUUAUUUUCUCUCGUAAUCAACUCAAAGCUGUUCUGGUUGUUUUAAUCGGCUGGCAAAUUUAAUCGCCGUUUCAUUUGCACGCGCGCCAAUUUUGUUAUCUUUAUUCAUCGGAACAUUUAUAUGUUGUGUCGCGUGUACAAUUUGAUCAUUCGUUCAAUUCGUCGCGUCUCGUACACGUCAAAUAUAUAUAUAUAUAUAUAUAUAUAUCAAAUUAAUUGCAUUCCGAGCGAGACGAUCGAGAUUGUAUCACGUCGCCCGGUCAAGUGAUGCGGUCGCAGUUAACGCAGCCAGCUGACGCUCCCAGGAAUGUUCUUCGAAUAAAGUUCCAACCGGCGUUCAGUCGGCGGCAUCCGACGAAUGCCGUUUGAGCCGGGAAAUAUAUCGGUCACGCCGAAAGUGACGGAAAGUUUAUCUCGGAAAACAGAAGUGCACGGCGACGUGACGGCGUCGUCGUCGCGAGUACGAUUAAUUCGACGCGCGUGCUAAUUUCUCGAUGAGAUCUCGACGCUACAAGAAGCUCUGUAACUUUAGCAUCGUAAUUUCUCUGUCUCCGUGAGAUCCAGCGAGUCUGAAAUCUCCCAAGUAUCUCUCAAUGUACUAUCUCUCAAUUAUCGCUAAUUUUUCUUCACUGCGCAAUUUGAUUUUAAAUUCUUUCAAAGUAGCGCAAAAGUGCGCAUCCUAUCUGUGUGUGCGUGCUUUUAAGAACGACAUCGUAUAAGCUGAAGAAAAUCUUUGCGUCACGGACAUGAAGUUUGAGAGACAUAAUCGACGAGAAAAGUGCGGACGGAUCGAGAGUGUGGCGGAGAUUCAGCCCCGGAAGCGGGAACUUUGUGCGCCGAAUUUAUUAUAUACUCCGGCGAAAAUAUACGCGCGCGUGGAGAGCGCGGUGCGAACACGAGAGAGACUGUGUGCGCGCGCAAAAAAAUAGACGCGCGAUAAAACUCGCGUUCGUUAAGAUAAUGUUAAGCUUUAAGUGAUUAAAGGAAAAAAAAAUCGUAUCGUACUGGUCUAUCCGUGUAUACGUCUUCAUAGAUCUCCGAUCGCAGUGGGUCGGUUACGGCGUAACAGAACAAAUCCGAGGCGCAUUUCACACAAACGUGUGUGUGACGUGGCACAACGUGCGAUACAGAAAGAAAGAGAAAGAGAAAGAAAGAGAGAAAGAGACAGAGAGACAGAGAGAACAAUGUCAUUUCGAAUAUAUAAUAAUGCAUCACGGAUGGUACUAUUUUCGAGGAAUGCACGACAUGACGUCGCACAAUAAAUAUUCAGCCGUGCGAAAAGCAGAUGUACCAUGUAUUGGUACAGAGUCGACGAGAACUCCCGGAAAAAUUCUGAUCAUUGUUUAGGUUUUUUUUUUGUUUUUUUGUUUCUCGCAUUUCUUUUGUAUUCUGUGUCGCGAGCGAGUCAGAAAAUUACGUGAUAGUGCGAUUUUAUAUCAGAUUUCUGUAGGUAAAAAUCUACAGAAAAGAGUUACAAGAGUUUAUAAAGCAAAUAUAGAUAGUAACACAUAUAUUAUGUAAGUUCUGUAAAAACGUCAUUUCUCUUGUGAUAGGAGAAUGAGUAUUUUUUGCUCGAGAAAUGCUUCCACAUUUUAUGUCGUGUUAUAAAAUGUAUACGUGUUUGAAUCGUGUUUCGAUUAUUUAAAGAUUUUUCACUAAUUUUAACUUUGUUACAUCUUAAUAAAAAAUUUAAUAUCCGUUCAUCUUCUUAUGAACUUCUAUAUUCUUUCGCUGUCUCUCUGUUAAACUAAACGACUUUUUUUGAAACACAUUAAUGACACAUGAAAAUUUAUAUAAAUAAAAAACGUACCGAUAAAAAAUGAAUGAAGAGUAGAGUGGUUCUUAUUUACUUCUGGUGAAAAGUUUUUUGAAUUGUUUUCGCGGCGUCUCUGAGAAUAGUCUCAUGCUAAAAAAAUAAUCUGUGGAAAAGUUCAGUCCGAUCGGAUAAGGGAAAAA